GCAACAUCGACCACAUGCUUGGAGGAGGAAUGCGUGAGUCUUUGUAGGCGAGCAAAGGGAUAGAGGUGGAGAAAAGACGUAAAGAGGGAGGAUCUCUCAAGUCAGCUGCAGUGUGGCUGGCUCGCUGCAUGUCUGAAUGAAAGGACCUCUCUCUCUCUCUCUCUCUCUCUCCCUCUCUUCCUCCCGUGCUGUCUGCGUGCAGGCUGUCCGUUCACCGGAGCGAGCGAGCACACGCGCUGAGAAAACGGAAACAGGACGCGUCGUUUUUUUCAGACAAAUAGGCGACAUUGGGCCGAAGCAGGCGGACGAUUCCUUCAUUGCACGGUUUGCACCUCUUCCAAGAGGCUGGAUUGCAUCUUUGCCAUGAGGCUGUUUUCGUAAGGAUUGCUCAGCAUCAAGCGACUGCUUUCGUUUUGGGCGGUUUGUCAUGUGACGGACGUGAGAACUGACUGACAGAAGAUCAGUGAUUGACACGUUGAGGACUUUGGGGGGCAUCAUCCACAAAUCACCUGGGCUGAUGCGCAGCAGAUUAUCGCAGAAAGCGCUGGACCUGGAUCACUGCACCCUCUAUUUCUUUUAUUACUCUUUUAUUACUCCUUUAUUACUCUCUGACAGCUUGUCAUGCAGGUGUGAUAUGCGGGGAUAUUUUUCAGACUGAACUGGAGUGAGCCGCCAAACAAUUUGCAAACAGGUGUGAUGAGUGGUCAGCGUGUUUGAUGUACACGCUCACAAACAAAACUCCAGGAACAUCAAUGAUUCACAAUCCGUCGUCAAUUGAACGAACCUCAAAGUCGGUGUUAAAAUAUGUCUAAUUUCUCAUGACGCCCGUUCACGUUACAUUGAUGAUUUUAUUUACAUCGAACUUCACACUUACCAUUGACAAGCUGUGCUGAGUUUCCACAUUACCAGCAGGUUAAAUCAAACCCUACUGAACUGCAUUAAAAAAAAAUGACAUUAUUAACAUGCAUCCUGAACCUGCAUCAGAUCCCGCAACGGGACUUCCCGCCUCAUCUCCUUCUUACCGUGCUUCUCCUGAUCACCCAAGCGGGGUCGGGGGGCUGUCAUCCACAGUGUUUGGAUUACAAGCCACCGUUUGAGCCCCAGAGGCCAUUGCUCUUCUGCAAAGAGUAUGCCAAAUUCGGAUGCUGUGACGACGAAAAGGAUCAUCAGCUGUCGGCAAAGUUUUACUCCAUCAUGGAACAUUUUGAUCAUUCUGGUUACGUCACCUGUGGAAGGUACAUACGCAGCAUCCUCUGCCAGGAGUGUUCCCCAUAUGCCGCCCACCUGUACGAUGCAGAGGAUGCAAACACACCCAUGCGCAUUUUGCCUGGACUGUGUAGCAACUAUUGCAAUGACUACUGGAACCAGUGUCGAUACACGUUGAGUCUCCUCCUGGAGGACCAGGGCAGCCCAGGACAGUAUGCAAAUCUGACCGCCACACUCGAGGAAGAUCACAGACUCUUCUGUGAAUUUCUGGAGCUAAAGGACAAACAGUACUGCUACCCUAAUGUUUUGACAAAUGCAGAACUAAAUGCUAAUCUGGGAUCCGUUCGAGAGGACACCGAGGGCUGUCUAGAGAUAUGUUUGCAGGAAGUUGCAAACGGGCUCCGGAACCCGGUGGCUAUGAUCCACGCGGAUGACGGAACACAUCGUUUCUUCGUGGCCGAGCAGCUGGGCUACGUGUGGGUCUAUCUGCCUAACGGCUCCAGGAUCGAUCGUCCGUUCCUCAACCUCACUCAAGCUGUGCUGACGUCACCUUGGGCUGGAGAUGAGAGAGGAUUCCUGUGCAUAGCCCUGCAUCCGAGGUUCACUACGGUUAGAAAAGCUUAUGUUUACUACUCGGUGUCUGUCAAGAGGUCGGAAAGGAUACGUAUCAGCGAGUUCACACUGUCGGCACAUGAUGACAACCAACUUGACCACAACUCAGAGAGAACCAUCCUAGAGCUGGUAGAACCAGCGUCCAAUCAUAAUGGGGGGCAGCUUUUGUUUGGCCAUGACGGAUAUUUGUAUAUCUUCAUUGGAGAUGGUGGUCGAGCUGGGGACCCCUUUGGAAAAUUUGGCAACUCGCAGAACAAGUCAACCCUCCUCGGCAAGGUGCUACGUGUUGAUAUUAACGACAAUGAUGAUGGUGCGCCCUACAGCGUCCCUUCAGACAACCCAUUUCUGGGAGAGAAGGGGAGCCUCCCAGAGAUUUAUGCUUACGGCGUGCGCAACAUGUGGCGUUGCUCCAUUGACCGCGGAGACCCGAAGACAGGCUUUGGCCGAGGCAGGAUGUUUUGUGGCGAUGUCGGCCAGAACAAAUAUGAAGAAAUCGACCUCAUUCUCAAAGGAGGCAACUAUGGAUGGAGGGCAAAAGAAGGCUUCAGCUGCUACGAUCGCAAACUCUGUCGUAACUCAUCGCUGGAUGACAUCUUGCCUAUCUUUGCCUACCCCCAUAAAUUGGGCAAAUCAGUGACGGGGGGUUACAUCUACAGAGGUUGCCAGAUGCCCAACCUGAAUGGACUCUACAUCUUUGGAGACUUCAUGAGCGGGCGCCUGAUGUCCUUGAAGGAGAAUGUGAUGACGGGUGAAUGGCAGUACAAUGAAAUUUGUAUGGGAAGAGACCAGACCUGCAGAUUCCCCAAACUCAUCAACAGCUACUAUAAAUACAUCAUUUCAUUUGCAGAGGAUGAGGCGGGUGAAUUGUACUUUCUUGCCACCGGUGCCCCAAGUGCAACAGCCAGAGCAGGAAUUAUCUAUAAAAUAGUGGAUCCCUCCAAGCGAGCAGCUCCAGGUAGAUGUGCCAUAAAGCCCUCCCCAGUAAAGAUCAAGGGGAAACUUUUUCACUUCCAUCCUAAAACAGAAUUUGUGAUCGAUAAGAAACCAACGACAACACCUGCGCCCACGACAACCAGAAGGAAAAUACCACCAACAAGCAAAACAAUAAGAAAAACUACAACACUGUCAUCAAGAACAAGAAAAGCCUCACACCCACCACCAACUGCACCUUCGAGAAAAAAACAGACGCCUCCACCAAGAAUAAGAACAACGCCAUCGACAAUGGCCCGCACCACCUUCAUCAAAGCUACACCCACCGGUUAUCGCUCGGCUGUCUACACUGCAGCCUCCUUUCGGACUCAAACCCCAACCGCAACUUUAACAAGGAGACACAUGAGACCCCCUCCACCCCAUCCCACUGCCGCUUCCCGACCAUUAACCUUCCCACCACCUCCACCUCCUCCUCCUCCGUCCAAAAAGCAAACCUACAAGGCUGUGACAACUGCACGUUAUCCUGAACAUCCAAGGAGGUGGACAACCCCGCGGCCAUCAUACUGGAGCCCGAAGCCCACAUUUUAUAAGCCUCAGAGACCCGUGAUAAAUACCACUCCAACAAAAACACAGGAGGAGAAGCUCGGGUUAGGAGACAAGACGGACAAUACGGAGGGGGAUGAAGGUAACCAGGUGAAUAAGAGGCCCAGAGAAGGUGGCAGAGGUUACAGUUACAAAAGAGUAAGAGGAGGCGGAAGGAUGCGCGUUGGCUCCGUUCGUCUGGUCAGUACGGAUGGUCUAUCGGACCGAGGCCGAGUUGAGAUCUUUAUCCGUGGAGAGUGGGGGACGGUGUGCGACGACCUUUUCUCCACCAAGGCAGGGACAGUCGUGUGUCGACAGCUCGGCUUCAGGACUGCACUCACUAUUUUGAAGAGGGCCGUUCUGGGCCAGGCGGAUCGCAGCGUCAGGAUCUACUUGGAUGACGUGGAAUGUGAGGGGGACGAGAGGUCGCUGCUUGAGUGCAAGCGAUCCAGAGUUGGGAAGCACAACUGUUCGCACGCAGAAGAUGUGGGGGUGAUUUGUGGUUAGCCUGAAUGCGGAGACCGGCGACCGCAGAAUAGCACUGUAGAUAUACUGGACUACAGCGGUUCCAAACUGCUUUGAAGCUGUCAGAUGAAUAUUAUAUUUGUUCUUACAACCAAUCCACAUUCUUGAAAGAGUCUUUUGAAGUAGUUGCAUACUUGACACCCCGUGUUGAAAACUGGCGGGCCAGGCAUCUGCCUGGGCCAUCAGUGGGGGCUUAGCCGACUGAAUCCACCUCUGAAUACCACCACUAUCAGAUCACAAGUUGAGAAACCGUCCAUCCAGUUUCUGAUCCGCUUCAGCUCACGAGGGUCGCGGGACGUGCUGGAGCAUAUCCCUGGUGUCUUCGGGCAGUAGGCGGGGGGGACACCCUGAACUGGUUGCCAGCCAAUCGCAGGGCACACAUUGAUGAACAACCAUUCAAACUCACAAUCACACCAAGGGACAAUUUAGAGCAUUCAAUCAAUUUACCAUGUUUUUGGAAUGUGGGAGGAAACCGGAGUACCCGGAGAAAACCCACGCAGGCACGUUGAGAACAUGCAAACAAAGCACAAGAAGGCCGGGGCUGGAUUCGAACCCACGACCUCUGCACUGUGAGGGACGAGCGCUUUUCAGCGGUUCUUUUUUCUGUGAUCGGAUGUUCUAUUGUAAUGAAUGUAAGACACAAAAUUCAAUGAAAAGGAAAAUGCGGGACAUUCUGUAUCUUGAAUGUAAUUUCUACUCUGAUCUAAGAGUGCUUUUGAUGUUAAUAAAGAUUACUGCAAAAUGUA